UGUAAAUGGCCAUUUCAAAAUAACAACAAAUAUGGCGUCCGCCUGUGAGUUUCCAGAGGAAUUGGUUUCAAAUCCUCUUGGAUAUGUUGCCCUUACUGGACUUGAUGUUCAACAUAAUGCUAUGCACAGGUCUAUAUGGGAUACUUUUACUGUUAACAGGAGGCAAGACAAAGUUCUUAACAUCAAAUUACUUCCUGGGGAUGCAGAUUUUCCCAAAAGAAGACAAAAACAGCGAACAUCUUAUGAGUUCUACAUCCCAAAAGGCAUUCUGAAGACAAACUGGAUAAACAAACAUUUAAACUUGUUACCUGCCCUUGUCGUUGUUUUCUUUGAUUUGGACUGGAAUGAUCCGCAGUGGAGAGAAAAACAAACGGAAUGUGCCUCUAGGGUUGCUGUUGUAAGGUCAAGUUUGUUUGGUAGAAAUACCAAAAUAGCUGUCGUGCUGAUUCAGAAGAAUAUCCCUCUACCACCAGGCGAGGACCCUCAAGCAGUUCAACGUGCAGAAGCAUUGUGUCAAGCUUGCGAAUUGGCAUCAAAGUCUUUGUUUGUCUUACCAUUCAGUGAUCACCUUCAAGGAUAUGUGACAAGAUUAGAAGGUGCAUUUUAUGACAUUGCUCAAACUCACUAUUCUAACGAAGCGCGUGUUGUCAAACAACAUAAGGAUCUGUUAAACAAAUCACAGCAUCAGCUCUUAUUUUCAAGACAUCAGUUUAAAGUUGCUUUUUACAAUGAACUGAGACAAGAUUCACAUGCUGCACUGAAGCAUUACAAGCAAGCCUAUCAGCACAUAUUGGAACAUAGACUGACUGAUGUCAACAACUUGGAAGUGAAAAUUGUGGCUGGCUUUGUUAAUUAUAAGAUAUGUCGUAUCUCCUUCCAGUUAAAUGCACCACUCGAUGCAAUCUCACAGUUUCGCAAACAUAUUGACUAUUUUAAAAGCAAAAUUGGAUGUAAUGAACUAGCAUUUGAACAUUCUGCAUGGAUGGCUAAACAAUUUAGUUUAUUUGGUGAUUUAUUUCAAGAAGCGAUAAAGAAUGGCUUGCAAGCAAUACAGACUCAACAUCCUGGUUUCUAUUAUCAGCAAGCUGCAAAUCAUUCAAUGAUGAGAAUGAAACACUGUAGAAAUUUGUGUCGAUUUUCUGAACCAGUGCACCCAGAUCCAAUGGAAGACAUAAAUAAUUUGGAAUUUUUUGGACAGAGACCUUGGAGACAAGGCUGUCAAGCCAACGAAGCACCUGACCCUUCAAUGGAACAGGCUGGCAUUUUAUCUCUGCAAGCUCUAGAAUUAAAAGUGGAACAUUUUUGGAUUGUCAUCCCGUUGUUAAGCAGUGCUGUUGCUCAGUUCCGAGAAUAUAAAUCUGUCAGGAUGAAACUGUUUUUAAUGGUGCAAAUGGGUGAAGAGUAUUUUGAAGCAAAAGAUUAUGAGAAAGCAUUAACCCUUCUACACCGUGUUACACCUUUUUAUCGUGGUGAAAGAUGGUGGGACCUUUUAAGAAGUGUUUUACGUACUGCUAUAAGAUGUUCCUAUCUUACAGUCGCCAUUCAAGAUUAUGUAACAUCAUGUUUGGAGCUAAUUGGAAAUUAUUGUUCAGUGAAAAUUGAUGAAAAGACGAGACUCCAAACAAACUUGCUACGAAUUGUUAAGAAAACGCCUCCCGAUCCAGAAAAUAAUUGCAGUAUUGAGUCUGUUGAAAAAGCGAAAGAGUUGUGGAAGAUAGCGUUUGCAGAUGGACAAGAACAAAAGGUUUACACAGUAGAUAUGGAGAAUCUUACCUCAUUUAUUGAAUGCCGUGUGUCGUUUGACCAGGAUGCUUUUCGUUUGGAUGAAGUUGCAUCUGUGACUGUUUAUAUUAGGUCUGUAGCUGCUUAUCCUAUACGAUUCUCUGAGCUUGGAUUGCAAUUUAGCAAUCAAGUAUACAAUUCAUCCUGCAUAAAAACAGACACCUGUGAAGCUCUAUCAACGCCGUCUGAUGUGGUUGAUGGUCCAGACCUGUUCUUGGAGCCUUACAAGACUACUGUGCAUACCUUUAAAUUUAUUUUGGCACCCGCUGAUGUUCAUAAAAAACUUGAAGUAAAACAAGUUUAUUUAAAGCUUGGCCAAAAUAUUAUCCUUCGAUGGAAAGGUGCUGGUCUCGAUGCAAAUGUCAGUCCAUCCUAUGAUUCUUCCAACUACGGAGGAGAACGGAUUCCUGUCAAACAUGGAAAAGAUGGGGAUAUUUUGUGGGAUUCGGUAACGAUAUCUCCUUUUACAGAUGUUGUACCUCGGCCAGCCGAAGUGUCUUUGGAAAUCGUCCAUGACCAACCGUGCAUCGUAGACGAGUUUUACAAAUUCAACGUUAACAUACAUAAUAAAGAAAGUGUGAUGGUGACAAACACAAGGUUAUUGGUGAAAAUAGUGACGGAAGAAGGAGCAACACACAAUGCUACCUUAUAUCUGGACGAAGCUGAUGGUGGUGAUAGACAAGCUGGUUUGAAUCAAGUUGGAUUUGAUUUGGAAAAUGUUGAAUCUAACUCACAGAUCACGAAAACGAUAUAUCUCAAAUCCAGUGAGCUGGGAGCUAAAACAGUAUCGUUUGAGGUUUCUUAUAAUAUGGGUGUAGUUGUCGGUGAAGAAAGAACGAUGGUGGACUGUGUUUGUUCCAAGGAAGAAAUACUAACCAUCGAGACACAAAUGCCUUUCUCAAUUUCCGUCAAAGUUGCUAACAUGAAGUUUCAGCAGAUCAACCAGAUACACACAGAUGAGCCGUUCACACUUGUCACUUAUGUCAAAUGUACAUCACCUUGGCCUGUUGACAUUAUAUCAAGUGAAUUCUUGCUGAGUUCUGAAUACAAAAGCGCCGAUGAAAAACUAGUUUCACAAAUAAAAGGCUUGAAAUUGAAACAGGGAGAUGUGGCUGGAGAAUGUCAAUGUCUGCUGGCGCCGAGUAAACAAAACGAACACUUUGUUACCGACCCAACUGAAAGUGUGAGAAGUGUACAGAUUGGUCAAUAUCUGAUCCAAUGGAGAAGGACAUCGGGAGGAACGCCAGUGUAUACAAAAGUCAAUCUUCCAGUUGGGCACAUUCAAUUUGUUCCCUUCUACAUAAAAACGGAUAUACCGUCACAUGGUUGUGUGCAAGAAGCCAUGUUGUUUCAGUACACCAUUUGCAACCGAACUAGUCUAGUACAAGAAGUUGAAGCGGCAAUCCAGCCUAGUGACGCAUUUAUGUUAGCUGGUACUACCCAAAUGCAAUUUCGUGUUCUUCCACAUGGCGAACACACACUAUCAUACAGCAUGUUUCCAUUGUUUCCGGGAGAAUUACCACUCCCCAAACUUCACAUUAAUUUGCCUCACUUAUACAACUUAAACAGCAACGCAUUAGCUCAACAAAUGCUGACAACGCACGUGUACAUAAAGCCGAAGCCAACAUCAUCUUCGCCACAUACGCAGGAGAUUCAAGUGCAGUAAUAUGUAAAUACACACUCAACUUAUAACUUACACCUGAGUGAUACAAGCAACCUGCCUGACGUAGCAACAGAAAUUUUUUUCCAAACAACAACUGCCGAAAUGAUACGCAAAUAUACGAUCAUUUUUUUUGAAUUUUAUUCUAGAAAUUUAUAAUAUUAGUUUUAUAAAAUAUGAUUUUUAUUUAACCUUCCUUAACGCUCAAAAAUUUACCGGGUCUCUCUGUUUU